GAGUCGACCAGCGACGUCACGGAAGGUGUUUACGCUGGAGAGCGCGCGCGGCUGGUUUACGGGGUGUUUACAACCCCCGUGAACUCGAUCGGCGGCUCCGCUGUUUGCGCAUUCUCCAUGAACAGCGUUCUCGAAGUCUUCCAAGGUGCGUUCAAGGAACAGGAGACCAUCAACAGCAAUUGGUUGCGAGUACUUCCGGAGAGGGUGCCCGAGCCGAGACCUGGGGCAUGCGUCAACGAUUCCAGGACGCUUCCAGACGUAACCGUCAACUUCGUGAAAGCCCACCCCCUCAUGGACGACGCGGUUCAGUCCUUCUUCUCGUUACCUGUGAUAACCAAAGUCAGCUUCAAUGCAUACAGUUACAGAUUUACCAAAGUCGCUGUAGAUGCUCAGGUAAAGGCACUGAAUGGCAAGGCCUACGACAUCCUCUACAUAGGGACAGACGACGGUCGUAUUCUCAAAGCACUCAACGCCAGGGCGCCGGAAUCUCUGAGCAACGUUGGCCAGGUUAUCGUCAGCGACGUUCAAGUAUUGAAAUACGGCCAAGCAAUCAAGGAUCUUGUAGUAGUCCAUUUGGCCGGCGAGGCGAGCAAAUUGGUCGUAUUCGCAGACUCCGAAAUUCGUGCCAUUCCCCUUUACCACUGCGAUGCGCCAGCAGCAACCACCUGCAAAUCCUGCGUGGCUCUUCAGGAUCCUCAUUGCGCCUGGGACGCCACCAAGAACCUCUGCGUGGCCGUGUCGACGAAGCUCCACGAUAGCGACGCAGACAAAACCUUGUUCCAGAACGUCACGAACGGGAGCCACAAGGGCUGCGGCUACGAGCCAGAGACGGCGAAGCCCGUGCAACCAGCGGUACCGCCCGAAAUCGGGCGAGGCGAGCAGCCCGAUGAACGGGACAAUGAAAUCGUCAUCGAGCUGGAUCGAGAAAAUCAGUACGGUCGUACGCAGCCACGAGCUAACGAGCCUCAAGACGUGAUCGCGACACCGGUGGUAUACUCCGCCCAGACCCUGACGGGCGCGCUGAUAGGAACGUGCUUCUUCUCCCUGGUCGCUGGCUUCGCAUCGGGCUUCUGGUUCUCGCAGAGGUUGCGCGGUGCCCCUUAUCCGGAGCCACCCGAGCAACGCCAGCAGCUGAACCGACUGACCGAGAGCUCCGAGUCGCCCGGCUUCAACAACAAGUCCAUCAACCUGGUGCUGAACGUUCCGCCGAAGAACCCGAACGGCAAAAACGCGAACUCUUCCGCGGAGAACAAGCCGGUGCAAAAGGUGAAGAAGACGUACAUAUGAU